AUGAACGAGCAAAGAUUUGAAUUUCUACGUCUCCCCGAUGACCUUCGCUUAAAGGUUUUACAAACGGCGGACCCCCUAGAAAUAAUGGCUUACUCAUUCAUUUCAAAGAAGGCAUUCUCAAUAGUUAAGGCUCUUCGUUUACCAAUAUCACAUGUUAGAAUAACAAUGAAGAAAAAACCUCAGAUAGAAGUGAAAUUGAGCUUAAUUAGUAUCAAGUUCGAAUUGAAUAUGUCCGAAAACGACGAAAAGAUAACACAUUUGAAUGGUUUUCCUGUCACUGUAAAAGUAUCAUAUAGCUAUUAUGAGAUUGACGGACUUAGAGGGAUAUUAUCAGCUUGGACAAAUCAAGAAAAGACUGUUGGUGAAUGGAUCCAGCAUCUCUGCUCGUAUUCUCAACCAAAGUGCUGUUUAAACAAGAUUAUUCAUGUUAGAGAGAUUGAAUUAGACAUUCAAACCCUUCGAAACGUUUUUCCAGUACUUGGAAACAUUGAUCUGAUUUUUUGCCAUGCAGAAUCAAAUGAGCACGACAUCAUGUCAGCUCAAAAUGUAUUGAAAGCUUUUCUAUCUGAUUCUCAAUAUGUCAGUUUGGAACGUGCCCCUCUCCAAGACCAUUUUUCCCUUCAACGCAUCGGAAUGGCGAAUUUGAAAUUUUUGUUUAUCCGAUCUCCUCACAAUCUGAACGUUCAUGAUCUUUCGACAUUGAAUGCUGAAACAAUUUGGAUAAAAACUGAUCAAAUAUCUCUUCGUGAUUUGAAUCGUUUUUUCAAAUUGUGGAUGAAGGGAUCUAAUCAAAGGUUGAAGGAAUUGGCGAUUUUCUGGGACACGGAAAUCCUCCCAGGCUGGAAUGUCUUGCUUAAAGGAUUGCAAGCGAAAACAAAAAGAAAUUCAUGGAAGACGAAGUUGAAAAUCAAAAAUUGUCGUGGGGUUUGCGGUAAAAUAAGAUGUGAGUGGGUCGAUGCAAACCUUCUUGUGCAGUUUACAGUGUCUUAA